AUGGUCAAUGGACUCCCAUGUCAAAGAAAGAAGAGAUUUCUCUGGAGACGUGGUGUUUGGAUAUGUUUUCUUCUAUCCGUUCUCGGCAUCAUCGCAGCGUUGAUUUGGCUUACACUUCUAAUGACCCUCCCUCGUCGCCACAAGCCUCGCAUGUCAUCCAGUGGAAUAAACUCUGUAGUUGAACAAUGGCGAAAACCCAGCGAUUCAGCCACUCUGCUUUCACCCUGGAAGCCAAACUUCACAAAGAAUAUUAUGCCGAUGGCAUGCCAUUCUCAUAAUGACUACUGGCGAUACGUUCCACUUUUCGAAGCUCUCGCAGCUGGUUGUACAGGAACAGAAGCAGAUAUAUGGUUAAACAACAAAGCUGGCAAUGCCGAUGUGUUGGUUAGCCAUUCUUUGAAAUCACUUAAAGAAGACCGCACGCUUCAGAAUUUGUACAUCAGACCUCUCGUUACAAUACUUGAAAAUCAAAACAAUGAUUCCCCGGCAUUAGAAGGAGGAUACAAUAAUCCCAACGGCGUAUUCCAGUCGAGUCCUACUACGACCUUAACCUUGCUUCUUGACUUCAAGUCUGGCGGGGCUGAUCUAUGGUAUUCCGCAAACCAGGAGCUCGAAGCUCUUCGCUCGAGAGGUUGGCUCACCCAUUGGAGCAAGUCCACGGGUGAAAUUAGCUGGCGCCCAAUAAUUGUCGUCGCCACAGGAAAGGUGUCUUUUGAUCUUUUGGUUUCAAACACGACCUACCGCGAUGUUUUUUAUGAUGCCCCCCUAGAGGACAUAUCAAACUCUAAAUAUGAUAGCUCAAAUUCGUAUUAUGCAAGCACUCCAAUGAGUACUCUAGGCAAAAUAUGGCUUUGGAAAUUCAGUUCCAAACAACUGAACAAAAUCAAGACUCAAAUCGCCAUGGCAAAUGAAAAAGGCGUCAAAGCCAGAUAUUGGGAGACACCAGCUUUUCCAGUCAUUUUCAGGGAAUACAUCUGGGGGAUUCUGGUGGAAAAUGGAGCUGGAAUGCUGAAUGUUGAUGUGUUUCCAUCAUCGCUGUUUUAUCUUUUAAUCACUAGAUUUGGUCAAAAUAGUCUUACUUGCUCUCUCAGCCCAACUCAAGAUCCCGUACUUGCGGAGGAGUCUCGCAAGUAUUUUCAUUUGAGCCUUGCAGAGUUAAUUGUUCGAAGGGGUAAAAGGAUGUUUGAUGAAAAUGGACCAUGUCAUUAUGCCAUUAGUGAUAUGCUUCACACUUGCAGAGGACACAAGAGUCAUAGGCGUGUGUGUGUCAUAAACUGGCCGAGGAUGAUGAUGAUCAAAAUACGGAUGCGCAACUCCAAAGAUACAGAACAGACAUUGAUGAACUUGAGACAUUACUUUUCUCUAUUGUACUCGGUACGUACAAAUAUAGAUAAGCCCAGUCGCCUCCAAAAGCAGAAAUCUUAUGAAGCCAGAAUUCGAUAUGCGGCACCUCCAGUGGGCAAACUUCGUUGGCAGAAGCCACAACCUCCAGCAGUGAACAGAUCUUCAACAGUACAGGCGAAGUCAUAUCCUCCUCACUGCCCGCAAAGUGCUGAUGCUCCUAUGCCCGCAAACUAUAACUUUACGAGGUCAGGUCUUGGAAAUGAAGAUUGUUUAUUCUUAAGCGUUUGGGCCUCACCAAAUGCAACAAACCUCCCAGUAAUGGUCUGGAUCCACGGUGGAGGCUAUGGCACUGGCUCUGGUAACAAUGAUUUUUCGGAAUUAGCCAACACCAACUCCAAUGCCUUCAUUCUAGUAGCUAUUCAGUACCGCCUGGGUGCCUUUGGUUUCCUCUCAUCAUCUGACCUCGUCCGUUCAGGUGGUGUCCCAAACGCAGGUCUCUAUGAUAUGAAUUUUUCAUUUCAAUGGGUUCAAUCUCACAUUUCCAAAUUUGGGGGUGACCCUUCUCGAGUUACUAUUGCUGGUGAAUCUGCAGGAGGGGGUGGUGUGAUGUUACAAACUAUGGCCUUUGGGGGGAGCUUAGGUACGAGUUUGUUUAACAACGGAAUUGUGGCGAGUCCUUAUCUACCGAUGCAGUAUGAUUACGAUGGAUUGAAACCAGAAGAGAGCUAUGAAAAAUUUGGGGAUGCGGUAGGAUGUAGAAGUGGAAAUGGGAGCGUAUUCGAUUGUUUAGUGGGUACGGAUACGUUUGCAUUGCAAAAUGCUAGUGCAUAUGUUUCUGCAAAUGGUAAUUAUGGCCAAUGGGCUUUCUUACCCGUAACGGAUGGGGAAUUUUUGGUCAAAAGGCCAUCCGAGCAAUUAUUAGCUGGUGAGGUGAAUGGUGUGAGAAUGUUGUCUGGCAACAAUGCUAAUGAAGCCCCUGGGUUUGUUCCACAACACAUCAACACAACGACCGCCUUCAAUACAUUCACACAAUCCCUCUUUCCCUUGAUGUCCAAUUCUACUCUGGACCGCCUCUACCAAAAGUACUUCAUUCCUCCAACAGUACCAGGUCCUCUUUUCGCGUCAGCGGGCAACAGAGGUCCCACAGCCCUUAAUCAAUCCGUCUUCGCAAUUGGCCAGCAACAACGUGCCAACAAUCUUUAUGCCGAAACUACCUUUGUCUGCCCUUCCUACUGGACAGCUUCCGCUUUUCAUCAAAGUUGGAAAUAUGAGUAUAGUGUCCCACCAUCCCAGCAUGGAAAUGACUUAGAUGCUUACUACGCCGUAAACCGAACAUAUCUUGGAUACGGAACUCUAUCACCUGGAUUCCGGACAGCGGUACAGAAAAUCUGGGGUAGAUUUAUUGUACAUGAUGAUCCUACACUACCUCAAGAUGUCAUAACAUCAAUUACAACCCUUGGAAACGGUACGCAAACAGGUGAUGAUAUAUCUGCAGCUGGCACGGGGAAAUGGCCACAAUGGAAGACGAGUGGACAUGAAGCAUAUCAGAUGCUAAGGUUAAAUAUGACGGGAGGAGAAGCUACAAAGGUUUUAUGGACUAGUGCGGAUGGAGGGGUUAAAUUUAAUGUAACGGAAAAUACGGGAUCGGGUGUGAAAGCUGAUUUGGCGAUUGUGAAUGCUUAUAAUUGGGAAGGUGGAAGGGGUGCAAGAUGUGAUUUUUGGGCGGGGAUUGGUAGUGAAGUGCCUGAAUGA